AUGGACUCCGGAAAGAGUAUCCCUAUAAAUACAAUUGCAAGGUUGUUCCAAACAGUAUCUUUUCAGGAAGAAAAUACUCGGAUUACUGGGAAAGCCUUACAACUUUCAGCAGAAUACAUUCGUCUUUUCACCGAAGAAGCGAUAUUACGAGCUUUACAAGAACAAGAGGCAGAAGAAUCGCUUACCAAAGUAGAUGGGAUCGAUAAUAUUAACAGUCAAAAACUUCUCGAAAGUCAGCAUGAAGGAACAGAGGCAAAAGUUGUUGAUUCACAAAGUGAUGAAGAAAUGGAUGCACUUGAAGAAGAUACUCAACGUGGAGUAAAUGCAUAUAAUUCAGAAGUGGAUUUGGGAAAUGAUGUUCUUGAUACAAGACAUUUGGCAAAGGUUGCCGGGAUAUUGGUUUUAGAUUUUUAG